UGAUGCACUGUGGGCGGAGCUCCCGCGCCUCACGGUGCAAAAAUGGCGGUUUGAUAUCGUAUAUCACUCCGCGCACUGUCUUUUCGUUCCCGAGCUACGACUACCGCGGCUCUCCAUCGUCGCCUCAUUUGUAGGUGCGCGAAAACCCGAUACAUCGAGAUGCUUUCAGUGGUUGCAGCCUUACUCCCGGUCGUCACUUAUGAAGCUGAGGCUUCGUCCUACACGAUGCAGACGACGGCGAUCUACACAGACGAAACAUGCAGCGGACCCGCGGUUAAUAUACUGGUUAUUGACAACGACAACUGUAGCGCCAUGGCCUGCUCGCCCCAGCCAUCGGGCAACUCGAAUUUUUACAAGGCUACCACGUGCUACUCGACGGAUAGCUUAUCGUACAAUCCGAUGGAAGAUCUCUUCCUCGGCCAAACGUUCAUUGAAAUUCAAGCGUACAGCAACAUUAACUGUACGGACGACGCGUAUCUGUACCGUCACGGGCUAAUUGUCGGAAGCUGUGAGCCAUUUUCGACGAGAAACAACCACAGCGUUAGUGUUACGCUCGAGAGUGAUGGAUCGGCGACCAUAUUGCUUUAUAACAACACGGAAUGUACCGAUCCGUUGGUAACAACCUAUGCGCUGAGUAACUAUACGUUGGUGAAUCAUCACUGCUACGAAGGUAUCAGCAGCACUGAGCUGGCUCAAUACACUGCUAGAUACUACGUUCAUCUGGACUACGACAGUGCGGGGGAAUCUGAGGCAGAUAGUAAUUUUGCAGCGAUCGUUGGAGGUAUCGUAGCUGUGUUUGUGGUGGUGCUGGCCGUCGCUGCAUUCAUCGUUCGUUGUAGAAACAGAAGAAGACAAUUCAACAGAGCGAGGCAUAGGCAGUGACGGAGGUAUAAUGCACAGGGCGAGAGAUGGUAUUCCACAGACUUGGCAACUCAACUACAAUACGCGCUAUGAUGCUGCUCGUCGAACUAGAGGGAGUAGUCCUCGUGUGAACACAUUCAGAGCUGAGGUGAAGGUGGCAGCGGUUAAGGAUCAUCCUCACAUUAUCAAGUUCAUUAGCGUAGCGGGUACUCAAGGAUCCUUGUUUCGUCAUGGAGAUCAUCGAAGGAGGAGACUUGACAACGAUACUGGCGAUAUACGACGGGCAGCAUCACCCCGUGGGUUUCUAUCAUGCUAAAGCAGGAUUGCAAUGCACGUAGCACACGCACUCACGCAUUUACAAUCACUUGUAAUUCAUCGAUACCUGAAGUCAAAGAACACUUUAAGCCAGUUGAGGAAUUUUGGAAUUUUUCGAGAACAUGACAAACUGGAUGGCUCCAGAAAUUAUUAUGCAAUUCGUACGACGAGAUGGGUGACGUUCUCGUUCGGCGUGGUAUUGUCCGAACUCUAUUGGCUAGUCUAGAUUCACAUAACGCCAUAUUCUCGCGAC